CCCGUCAUCAUGUAAAUUAAAAAGAUCAGAAGCCCGGGUUUAGUGUUAAAGCUGUAGGGUAAUUUGCCAAAGAUGAAAAUUGUUACAAGUCAGUUUUCUUAGUUAAAAUGAGUUUUCACUAACCUGGUUAUCUAGGUUUGACCACCGCUUCUGACAUCCCACUACAGCGACAAUAGUCUCAGUCCACUGUGCAGUGUAAUAGCUAUUGCAGUUAUCAAAGAUGCAUUAACAUGCAUUUAGGAAUCCCGAAAUUACGGGGAUCAUGCCAAAAUGAAGUCGAAGGGCCAAACGUUUUUCUUUGUUGUCUAUGAAGUCCAACCGGACAGCGUCCCACGCUGUUUGACUUCCUAUUCUAAUAGGGAGUGCUUUGGCCUUAUCCAAAACAAAAAAUUGCGUUGUAUAUCUAACCACUCAGCACUCUCCAGCGCGAUCAUUGAAUUUGCAUUCCCUGGACACAAGUUUGCAUCACGCCGUAAAAUCUUUAGUGUUUUGCAAACUACAAUCGUACAGAGCGAGCUCCCAGGAAGGUCUUCCAUGUACGGAUUUUUCCACACCACACCGAAAAAUACUUAGACCGAUUAAAAUGGUCUUUGACGACAUUUUACCUGCGAGACAGGUCAAACAGACGAGACACUCGACUUACACAGCCGACACACGUUUACAUGUGUCACGCCACCUCAUUCAUGAGGACUCGUGACCUGUGAUGUAACCGACUUGGAAAGGUUUCCAAUUUCACCGGAAGUAUUGCUCUUUUUUCUAUCCUGAGUGCGAAUUUACGUUUUUUGACUUUUCUUGUAUUAAAAUUUUGAUUUAGGGCCUUGGAGAACGUUAAAUGGAAGUCAAGAAACUUUGUUGGGUUCGUUUCUUUGACCGGAUGAUGAGCAGUAACAAUUAACGAAAGCUUGCCUUUUGGAAUUUCUCUCCCCCUUCCCGCCAUCAUAGAGAUCCCGCUUCCCGCCCUUUCCUCUCCCGUCUCCCGUACCCCUCCCGCCCCCUGUUCUCCCGGGCUCCCGCCCCCCUGUCCCCCUCCACUCUUGACUGAUCACGAUCUUUUUGGAUCCGACGUUGAGCAAGACUGAUCGUACACGGUCUUUGCUGUGGUUUUUUUAUACCUUAAUUUUGCAUUUUGUUUGUAAGUUGUAUUCAAGUCGACAGCUUAACAUAGAGGGAAGAAGGGGUGGCGCAGUGUUGUAUAUGAGCACUCGCCUGCCACCAAUGUGGUCUGGGUUCAAAUCUUAGUGUCGACGCCAUAUGUGGGUUAAGUUUGUUGUCGGUUCUCGUCUUUGUACCGGAAGGUUUUUCUCCGGGUGCUCUGAUUCAGUUCCACCCCCCUGUACUGUUUUUGGAGGGGCUUAUCUACGGAGGGAAAUUUGCACGUUUCAAAAUCAAUUGGGCUAGCCUUACAGAUGGAAGUAAAUUUAUCUUUUUUGCUUUGUUUUUCUUUGUAUUUGAGGGCAAUUAACCAAGUACAAGCCCCCAGGCGCUUAUAUUUGGAGGGGCGAUUUAAAGGAGGGUUUUUGCGUUACCGGUUUGGGGGGCUUAUAUUUGGAGGGGCUUAUACAUGGAGGGGCUUGUUUUCGGAAUUUUACGGUAUGCAUUAGGUUUGGCACACGAGAAGUUUGAUGUUUGAAAAGAAGUCGCUUCACAGUCGAAAUUCCCAUGUGGGCCACUCGAUCGUAAUUCAUGAGUCUACCCAAAUUAGAUAUGUCGGACUUUAUUGAUUCGAAUUCGAUCUCUUCAUGCAAUCAAUUUUACACGAAAAGACCGACGUUUGAACUUGGCCUAAGGUACAAUUUACAAUUACAAUGCAAUAACCAAACUUAUGUCUUUCAUGAUCAUUUCGAAUCAACUUUAUAUCAAAAUUAUCCCUUGCCAAGCUGGUUCAACAAAGUAAGAAGGCUAUUAAUUAAGGCGCGGAAAGCUUUGUUCCAUUGGCUUAAUAUGAGGCUAUAAAACAUGCUGGAGUAAUGUUUGCACCGUUUUUUCCUUUGCAGUCUUCUUUAAAAAGUGCUUUUCAUGCUCUUCAUCAUUCAUAUUAAUAAUUUUCCCUUAUCAUUAUGGGUACAGAACAAUUUUAUUAUCCGCAACAUUGACAAUUUUCGAUUACUAGUCUCUUCACUUUUCAUGAAAAAUUUUAAAAGUGUUGACGCUAUUCAUUGGAGUACUACAAGAACUUGAUAAUCAUACGGUUAAAAAAUGAGAUUAUAUCAGCGCACGGGCUAACCAAAGCAAGAAAGCACAACCUUUCCAAUUUUCAGUUUCCUGCUGCGAAAAAAACGACUUUACGCAAAUAAUGUUCUACAAAUCUGUUUUCUUUUUACGACUUUUUUUAUUCGAGUUUGUGCGGCAUUGCCUUGAUUGUUUACGUAACCUCUCCAGUUCUUCCUCUAGUUCAAUCUCACGCUGAAAUCUGUAUUCAAAGAGAACAGAAAAACGGAAUACAUGAUUUGAUUUCGCUUACUCACAGAGUGCUUUUCUUUCCAUAAAAGACAGAUUUGACUGAAUUUUUAGACUAGACUGCUAACACACCUCUGAUUGUUGAGCAGGGAAACUAUAAACCAGGCGCUUUGUCUCUCCACAACAGACCUUUCCACGCUUAUUUUAACUCAGUUUGAAAUGGACAAGGUAGGCCGUAAUUCCGCCAACUCCGCUAGAAAGAGCGCCUUUCAAUUAGUAAAACUGCCGAGUUUUGAAGUGAUCUGUUGAAAACUAACAAAGAUAUAGCCUCUGAAUUCGCGAAAUUUUACAAAAGUUUGUGUAUGGUGGGUACAAACGUUUGAAAAUUUUCGCAACUUUGAGGAGCGAUAUUUUCACUCGCUUAAGACGUAUCACUUUCAAAUUUGGCAAUGUUACUAAUUUUGAGGUGCUUUUUUCAGUGGUGUCGACGGAUUUUCCCUGACUGGUCCAUGUGAAAAGUUCAAAAGACCGUAGGAGGGUCUAUUAAAACCUCCGCAGUUUGUUCAUAAUUAUUUAUUGAGGUUCUGGUAUCACUUGAUUCGACUGCUAAGUCUAAAAGCAACAUGGUAAAGAUCAGCGGCCCAGUUGUUCGAAGGCCGAUUAGCGCUAACCCACGGUUAAAUUUUAACCCAGGUUUCUUUUUCUGUUGUCCAAAAGCAUUUUCCCGGAUAAUUUUCUCUCUUCUUUUUGGAGCAUCCCAUCAUCAAAUUGUAGGCAAAAAGAAUGAAACUGAACACAUGCUGAAUUUGCUUCUCAAGCUUUCAUUUCUGAAAUCAAAUUUCGCACUAACCCUGGGUUAACUUAACCCUGCUUUGAACAACCCGGCCCAGGGGGGUUUAAUGAACUGCGCAAUAUUUAUCAUGAGGAGGGUUCUUAAAUAAGUGGAACAGAGCUAAAAAAAUAACUAAAUCAAAAAUAACUUUAUAUACCUUAUCUUUUAACGCCGAGAAAUACGGUACAACCCCCUCAUUUUAAGCCUGCGUUAGCAUGCAUUGGGUCGUUAAACCCUGUAGCAGAGCAGAAGCAACACACUGAAUUUGAAAAUUAACUACUGCCAAAUUUGAAAACAGCUACGAAGAGAGUGCUGGAGGCAACUCUGGUUUGAUGUCAAAAAUCUUUAUUAAAGUAAGAAACCGAUCGGCUAUACAGUACUCCUACGUCGCCACCACACGCAUCCGGAUAGUUUGAACUGAAAUGGUUCGAAAAAAACGUACGCGUUUACUCGUAGGUUGUUUGAAUUGUUUUCGCCCGUCCAUACCAAAACGGUAAAAAGAUGGAAAUACAAUAGCCUACGUUUUCGUCCGUCCAGUCGAUCCCUCCAAGCCGGCAUUUUCAAAAAAACUUCACUCUAGGGACCGUUUUUGAAAACCUACAUUUUUUGUGCCCGAAAACGCCGUCUGCGCACGGAAGGCUAAAACGGAGAAAAAAAAUGUCCGUUUUCAAAAAUAUCGGGAUAAGUGUGGACAGGGCCUAAGACUUGGAAACGGUUUGCUCAUUUCAUACAACAAGGCAGACGCGCUUUUUCUCUAUGAAAGACGUUUUUCUCAUUCAUGCAAUCUGUAUUCAAAGUUUCUAAAUUUCUUUGUCCUACCUCCUUCUUCGAAGUAUCUUUGAAACGUGUCUAACGACAAGAUAAACAGCCAUAGAACAAAAAUCAAUCGUAAAAAGCGUUAUCAGCACGUCAAAGGUACGCUGCCAAGACCAGUCUGUGAGCAUGCCCUGAAGUCUUUUUAACACCAGACUAACUAAAGGAAAAGAAGGCAAGAAAAGUAUAGAGCUUAAACCGUUAAGAUAGCGGGAUGUGUUCAGUGUUCUGUCCUAAAACCUGUUUGGACCAGGAACUCGAAGGCAAAAUCAAUUAAGAAUGUCCUGGCGUCAAAGAAAAUAACCUAAUACGUAUUUGAGCUCCAUUUACACCAAAGCUUAAGCUAGUUUAAAAGUUGUUUAGUUAAUAAAGGUUUAAUCCGAUUCUAUCCUUUCUGGAAAUUAACCAUAAACGGAAGCCAUGAGAGAGAGGCUUAUCAACAAAAUAUUGUCUACGCGAGGCAUUUUCAACGAACGAAACAUCGUUCUUUUGAACUACAUGAAAGCAUACUAGCCUAUGUUUUUGCUUCGUAGCAAAUCAAAUACCAAUACUAAAUAGAUUGAACAAUGGUUAAGUCUUUUAACAGCUGUAAAUGAGAGGCUCAUAUGCAAACCGUCAGUUUACACUCGCUCAAAACGCGACUCCAUAAACUCGCGAAGUAAACGCUGAACGAAAAAAUGUUAUUAAACAUUGUCUUGCAAGUCCACUUUUUACUUCCAAAUCAUUCAAAAUCAUGGAGUUUAGAAGUCCGUUUGUCCUUUCUAAGGCUUCAUUCUCAUUGAUGACGUUCAUUUUUAGUCAGUUAUAUUGAACCAGAAACUCCUUAUGAGUUUCUGAUUGAACUGAAUACUGAGGCAAUAAAAACGUCGAACAUUACAGUGGGAGCUUCUUUUUUUUUUAGUGUUGUACCCACACUUUGUUAUACCACAUUAAAACCUUACCUUUUAGCUUCUUUUCUAAUGAGUAGAAACUCGGUUUAGGAUCCCUUACCGUAGAGAAAGGAGGAUGGAUGAUUACAAUCAGUCACUGUUGCGGUAAACAAAUUUUCUUCCUCACAAUUCAACACAACGAAAUUGACGACACAAAGGUACCAAACGUCAGCCGUAAUUGCCGCUCGAGCUUCUAACGCAAGAAAGCGAUUUCGGCGGCGCUUUCGGCUUCAUUAAAUCCUACACCAAUUGCUGAACAUUUUAGGAGGAGUCGCCCAAAAUGUGAACACAGUUACUGACAAGCAGUACAUAUGGUCAUAUGAGUAAGGAAAACAACAUUAAGUAAAUGCAAUACGUUGAAUAACGAAUUAAAUACACACGUCAAUAAAUGAGUAAAUAAAGCUGAAAGCGCGCGAACUUAAUAAAAUUGCGCGUGCAAAGACAACCUGAAUCAACCGAAAAUAAUAAUAAUAAUAAUAAUAAUAAUAAUAAUAAUAAUAAUAAUAAUAAUAAUAAUAAUAAUAAUAUAUUUCUGGUCGAUUUUUUGAAAACCAACCUAACGAAAUUUGCAUUUAUUUGAGUGAAAAGUCGUCAAAAGGCAAGUUUCUUAGCUUACUAGCCCAAGAAGCUCCAAAAUCACUCUAACGAACGAAAAAGAAAGGAGAAAAAGAAACAGCGAUGAGAAAAAAGCAAUGGUUGCCCUCUUAGUUUUUAAUAAUGUCUGCUUUAGUAACGGUAACGUUUUCUGAAAUCCGGCUGGAUUUAUAUAGCGCUAAAACUAUAUGACACAUAUUCUAAAGCGCUAAUAAAAGCUGACAAAUCACAAACAGUACACGUAGAGAAAAUGAAAAUAAAACACCGCAAUUACUGUACACGAAUUGGUUUAUUGGGCAAAUGCCAAACGAAAUAAUAUAAAUUAAGGAUACGGCGGCGCCAUUCAACCAUUUAGUCAAUCACUGCUAUAAAUCUCAUCUCUCGAGGUGUAGUUCUGUGUUUAUCGACGAUAACACCUUUGCGUUUGAAGAAUUUAUGUAACCAAGAAAUCUUCAUAACCACUGGACUUUAUCAAGCAUUUUGCCGUUUUAGGGAAAGUCCUUGCUCCUUUGGUAAAUUUAUAGAGCCAUGAUCAUAACUAUAUUGGUUUUGCCCCCUGAUCGUUUUUGCUCCUAGGGACCGAGCUUUCCUCAGAGGCAGUGGAGUUGCUGAUUGGCUGCUGUACCUUAUGGUUCCAUCCACUCUUAGUUCAUGUAUUAUACAUUCUAACAUAUUUUUCAUGCUCUGUUAUUCUUCUAGCAUUUGGAACGAUCCUAUUCUCGUUUGGUGGUGCGUCGACUUUUCCGACGAUUCAAACGGACAUGAGAAAAGCAUCCAGGUUUCCACUGUCGGUCUUCUGGGCAUACAUCGGCGUGAUCUCCAUGUAUUUACCUGUGUCAGUGCUUGGCUUUCUAGCAUAUGGCAAGGAUAUAAGCCCUAAUAUUCUCGAUAGUGUCGGGCACAACGACCACAACACAUCGUCUAUCACUCUGGAUAUCGUACUAGCAUUAAUAACAGUACACCUACUGUUUAGCUUCGUAAUUGUGCUCAACCCGGUAUCGCAGCAGUUUGAAGAACUCCUGAGUAUACCACAGAGUAAGUAAAGCAUAUGAGACCAAGAGAAGUCUCUCAUUUUUCUUAGAGACAGUAGAAUCAGCGAGACAAUCGAAAAUUGUUUCCCUCGCGUGUGAACGACGCUCGGGUUUGAGACUCUUUUUAUAUGUUAGGGUGAUGUUAGACGGGAUGAUUCGCAACAACGAUUUUUAGCGCAGCACAGCUUUGCAAUGUUGGACAAUGCUGCAAAACUUCGAAACAAUGUUGUAACACUGUGUUGCGCUAAAAAUCGUCGUCAAGAAUCGUCUCGUGUAACGUCCCUUUUAGGGAUAGGGGAAAUUUUAAAGGACGAAACGGAGAGCGCGGGGCAGAAAGUUUGUCUCCUCUCACCUCUGUCUCUCCUUUUUGCUUCUCUCUCUCCUUUCCAAAGCUAACCCGCAUCUUGUCCUUUUUGCGAGACACUUGAAAAUAUGUCUCAUAUUGGAAAUCAUUCCCACUUCUUUUUUUCCUUCCCCCUUUUUUAGAAGGUUAGCUGUCUGUUCUUUGCGGUGGUUGUCUGUUUUAUGUUGGAAAAUCGGUGAUCGGAGGAAACGUUGCCAUGACCAGCUCUCUUGAGGCCAUAGUGGUAAAGAAGAACUAAAACAUUGUAGAGUACAGUUUCUGGUUUUCCCUAACCCAGAUCAGUUCGUCAUUUAAAAAAGUAAUCUACCAAAACUAAAGCUAGUUCAAUUCUUAUAUUUAGCUCUUUUACAUUCGAGAGGGAAACAAAACUAGCUAAUUUUCCCGAGGGACCAGUCAUUAAGGAAAAAACUACAAAAACGUUUAACAGAGAGUCUGAGGCCAUGAGACGGCCUCGCAACUCAUGUUCGAAUGCAUUUAAUUACUUUUUUUUCUUUCAUCCCUACAGAGUUCUGCUUCAAGCGAUGCCUCCUUCGCACAUUCCUUAUGUGUUUCAUCCUCGGUUUUGGCGAACUGAUUCCCAAGUUUGGUCCCAUCUUAUCUCUCAUUGGAGGCUCCACAGUUACAGCCUUAACAUUUGUAUUUCCUUGUCUGUUUUACUUACGAAUUGAACGCAACAUUCCACUGCAUAUCAAAGCUUUCCUGUAUGAACUCAUUGCGGUGGGGAUUUUUGGUGGUGUUGCGUCAACCUACUCGGCGAUAAAUGACAUCAGAAAAGUAUUUUAGAUAAGUAAGCCAUUUAAACCCUGAUCAGUUUCGGAGAUACUUUUAGCCCUUCAUUUCUCUUUUGAGCCUGGUGAAUACAUGAGAAAGAUGAUUUUUUAGUCUUUGACACACGCUCUGACAGGGCGACUGAGACGGCUCGGACGACAAUGAAACUGAGUACAGUCAACUCCCUCUGAGACGGACACCUUUGGGACCGGCAGUAAGUGUCCGUCUUAGAGAGAUGUCCGUCUUAUAGAGAGUCAAAUAAAGGGAGUAAAGAAAGGCAGGAACCAAAUCUAGGUGUCCGUUUUGGGGAGGUGUCCGUUCAGAGAGAGGCGACUGUACUCCCAAAAGGCGGAGUUGAACGGAAACCGGUCGUUUCGCCAACACUGAGGUCGUCGAUUCGCCCACAGAAUCUAUUAAAGUUGUCUCAGUGACACUAAGUUUAUAUCAGUAAUAGUAUUGUAUAAAUAGGAGCCAAGCUUACCGAUGACUCUCGCAUGUUUAAACUUAUUUUUGAUUUUAAGCUAUUGACUUCUCGAAGUUGUCACUUGGAAAAACGCCUAUGAAGCAGUUAAGAUCAUGUCAGUGUUAACGAGGCGAAUCGACCUCAGUGUAGGCGAAGCAACUUCUGGGCGAAACGACCGAUAUUCAAUUUAUAAAAAAUUUAAGACAACACUUUUUUCAAGACGUAGAAGCCAAGUACUCCAAAUUCGUAGACUUGAACACAUUAGAAAAAGUCAAAUUUCUUUUUAACAACAUUGAUCUAUAUGUCUGUAAAAA